GUUGGUGGAUUUUAACCGGAAACGACGGGAUCGAGCUCCGAUUAGGGGAUUUCGUCGAUUGCGGGCCUUCAAAGUUCAAAUUAAAUUGAAAAAGUAAGUAAGAACAGAUUCUUCCAUCUGCAACGGUCCAUUGCACUUCCAUGGAAGUUGAAUCACAAUCAGAGUUCCCGUGCUGGAAGCCUCUCCAACGGAGGUUCGAUCCUGAUUCUCCCUUUUUUGCCUCUGGAAAUGUCGAGCGCGAAAUCUUAGCCAAACAGGUUGCCUUGGAUUUAACCGAAGAUGAAAAGCUACAGCUGCAUAAUAUGGCAGUUGAUGCUCGCAGUGAAAUCUUUUGCCCAAUUGUUGGUUGCGGUGCACACUUGAAAUCUCUGGAUGACUUUGAAGAUCAUUACAAUUCAAGGCAUACUGCCUCUUGUUCAGUUUGCCCUAGAGUUUACCCGACAUCACGCCUACUUAGUUUACAUGUCUCUGAGGCGCAUGACUCGUUCUUUCAAGCAAAAGUCGCGCGUGGCUAUGACAUGUAUGAAUGCCUGGUGGAAGGUUGUGGUUUGAAGUUCAAAAGCUAUAAAAGCAGACACCAGCAUCUAGUGGACAAGCAUAAAUUUUCUGCUUCAUUUGAAUUCUUUAAGAAAGCUCAUCCAUCUAAAAAACAAAGACAGAAAACGUAUCGUAAACAAGCCAGUCAAGGAAGGGAAGAAACCUCCAAAAUGGAAGUCGAGAAUGAAAUUAUGGAUGGCCUCAUUUCAGGAGUAUCUAAACUAAGUACUUCGGACUCAACUCCUUCGUCAAUCAGCUUUGGCCGGAGGCACACUCGAGGGUUAACAUUUGUUCCUCGAGCAGUUCAGCGAGAAAAAGUGUCAGACUCAUCAACAGCUGGAACAAAGAGAUGAAAGUAGUGUAUCUAGACCAAGUAUGUCUGUCAUUUCCAGCAUAUUUGCCUCCAGUUUUUGCUGCAUAGUUUUUACGGUUGGUUCUUCUCAUUUUCAUCUAAUAUUUGAUCAUUGACCUCAUCAAUGAUUGAUUGAUAUUCAUUUUGUAGUUGGGAUGUAAUUUCAGAUGAUAUAGGAAAUGGUAGGGGAGAUAUCGAGUUUCAAGAUGGCAGAACUGAUUCCUAUUUGUCUCAGUGGAGGAAUCAAUGUCGGUUGAAAUGGAUGGAUGCCACAAUGUUGAUAGUCAAAGUUAGCAAUGUCUUUAGAUGGAUUAGUUAGUUUGUUACGUACUUCAAAUAGACUGAAUAUUGAUGAAAACAUUGUUUGAAAUGUUUGAGUCAUAGAGUCUUGGGUAGUAAAUCACCUCUUGGGAUUAGUUGGACUCUUAAUCUUAACCGUGCUUGUGGAGAAUUGAUGAGGAUUGGGAAGGUAUUUAUUUAGCUUUUCUAUUCAAUUUAAGACAUAGAAUACCAAGAAACAGAACUUCACUAAGUUGGAAAAGUUUCCAUUGAGGGAACCUUGAUUUGAAGUUUCAAUAUUACCUUUUAGGUCUGUUAACAUUUCA